GCAUUUCUGCUGUGAUGGAUAAUGUUUCAGUGAUCUCUAUGUUCACUCUUUCAGGGAUCAGUGGCACAUUCAGCCACAGAGUCGCUCUCUUUCUGCUCACCUUGCUGUGUUACUGUGUGAUUUGGUUGGUGAAUCUGACAAUCAUUGUGACAAUUAUCAUGGAUAAAAACCUCCAUGACCCAAUGUACAUCUACCUCUGUAAUCUGUGCAUCAAUGGACUUUAUGGGACUGCAGGAUUUUAUCCUAAAUUUCUCCUUGACCUCCUGUCCACCAGACAUUUAAUUUCUGUUCCUGGAUGUUUUCUGCAGGGAUAUAUGAUUCACUCCUCAGUCUGUGCUGACUUAUCGCUGCUCGCUCUGAUGGCUUAUGACAGAUAUGUGGCUAUAUGUCGUCCUCUAGUUUACCACUCUGUGAUGAAUACAAAAAGAGUUGUUGUUUAUGUAUUUUUUGCUUGGAUUACUCCAUUUUUCCUCAUGUCUAUCAGCACAGGUACAACAGUAACAUCAAGGUUCUGUGGAUCCCACAUACCAAAGAUCUACUGCAUCAACUUGUUGAUUUCUAAGCUGGCUUGUUCUCCUUCAAUAGCUCAGGUUGUUUUUCCAGCUUUUAAUUACACGUUUUAUAAUGCCCAUGCAGUUUUCAUUGUUUGGACUUAUUUUUAUCUCAUCAAAUCCUGCAAAGCGUCUAAAGAGAACAGAAAUAAAUUCAUGCAGACGUGUUUGCCACAUUUGCUCACUCUGGUGAUUUUUAUUGGAUCUGUGAUGUUUGAUUUGCUGUACGUGCGAUUUGGCUCAAAGGAGUUGUCAGAAAACGUGCAGAAUUUAAUGGCGAUAGAGUUUCUUGUCAUUCCACCGAUUAUCAACCCUCUGAUCUACGGGUUCAAGCUCACACAGUUACGAAAAAGAAUUGCACAUUUCUUAUGCUGCACAGGUUCAGUGUGUAGAUUAAAGGCAUGAACAAGUCUAGCAAAUCAA